AUGUCUAAUAUCGUUCACAAAGUAAAAGACGCUCUCACUGGCCACCACCAUGACGACAAGGCCUCUCACGAUUCGAAAGCGACAAACAAGGUCGAAUCCCGUGGUGGUAAUGGUUAUGAUCAGCGUGCUGCCACUGACGCUUACGGCACUCAAGGCUCUGGUUCUACAAACCACGGCCCCCAUGAUUCAAACUUGGCCAACAAGGCUGACCCUCGGGUAGACAGUGACAGAGACCACCGUGCUGCUCCAGGAAGACAGACCCACACCAUGGGCGGCUCUACGGGCAACACAUACAGCCGCGAUACCUCCGGCGUCACUACAGGCACCAGUUCCACAGGAAACUACGGACCCCAUGAGUCCAAGACAGCUAACAAGCUGGAUCCUCGCGUCGACUCUGACAGGGACAAUCGCGCUGCGUACGGCGGCAAUCUCAGCUCUACCACUGCAGGCACUGGAUACAACACUUCCUCAACCAACGCGGGCCCCCACGACUCGAACGUCGCCAAUAAAAUGGAUCCUCGCGUUGACUCAGACAGAGAUCACCGUGCUCGCCAGGAACCUAUGACAGGUACCGGCUACACCACUGGCAGCACCACCGGCCCUCACCAGUCUGACACGAUGAACAAGCUGGACCCUCGGGUGGACUCCAAGAAAGAUAAUCUUGGUGCUGGUGCUUACGGAGGCGCCUACGGUACUACAACUGGAACCGGAAACACUUAUAACACUGGCUCUACCAAUGCUGGUCCCCAUGACUCCAACAUCGCCAACAAACUGGACCCUCGAGUGGAUUCCGAUAGGGAUAACCUGGGUGCUGGGACAUACGGAGGUGCCUACGGUGCUACCACCGGAACUGGAACCACUUAUAACACUGGCUCUACCAAUGCUGGUCCCCAUGACUCCAACAUCGCCAACAAACUGGACCCUCGAGUGGAUUCCGAUAGGGAUAACCUGGGUGCUGGGACAUACGGAGGUGCCUACGGUGCUACCACCGGAACUGGAACUACUUAUAACACUCGCUCGACCAAUGCUGGUCCUCACGACUCUAGCUUGGCCAACAAAAUGGAUCCUCGAGUGGAUUCUGACAGAGAUAAUCGGGGUGCUUACGGAGGUACCUACGGUACUACCACUGGAACUGGCAACACUACUCGCUCGACCAAUGCUGGUCCUCAUGAUUCUAACUUGGCUAAUAAGUUGGACCAUCGAGUUGACUCCGAUAGAGACAAUCUGGGUGCAUAUGGAGGUGCCUAUGGUGCUACCACUGGAACUGGCAACACCUACAACACUCGCUCGACUAAUGCCGGGCCUCACGAUUCUAACUUGGCCAACAAACUGGACAACAGAGACACCAUGGGUGCUUACGGAGGCAACACUUACAACACAACCACUAGCUCGACUAACGCCGGCCCUCAUGACUCGAACCUUGUGAACAAGCUGGAUCCUCGUGUCGACUCCGACAUGGAUAAUCGCGCUCGCCAUGACGCCAUGGCGGGCAGCAGCUACAAUACCGGGCGCACAGCUGGACCUCACAACUCUGACUUGUUGAACAAGCUUGAUCCUCGUGUGGACUCUGACCUGGACAACAGUCGUACUCUCGGAACCCAGCGUCAAUAUUAA